GAAGUCAUCCUUGGCGUUUGUUACACCACCGUCUGUCAACCUUGAAACGGUGAUCAGAAACGUCACCUGACUGUGUAAUGUGUUAAAGAGUACGGGAAUCGUUUAUUUAUGCUAUUGACAGCUACUGUUGUGUUUAUUUAAAUUUGAACCAGACCUGUAUUUAGUCAGACGAGUGUUAUUUAAACGGAUCGUACUGACAACACUGACCGAAGAUGAGAUUUUUCAACAAAGGAUAAGGCUGAAAAGACCGACAGCUGAUUUGGGAAUUUUCUUUGUCACAAUUUCUAAACAUUUCGUAACUACUGUGCUUUCAUCGUUGAUUUAAACACUGAUACUUAGAGUUUGCUGAAAAAUGAAACUUUCAAGAUGUGAUUGCUGAACCACUUUUUUGGUAUUGUAACAAACUGUUCAUGAUAAAAAUUUUAUUUUAAAAAUUCAUAAAAUAAAUCUUAGAAGAAGAUGGAAGGCAGAGGAGUGAGUCGGUCGAUGUCUAAACGUUAUGACAUGCUUCAGAGACUGCUGUUGGUUGGAGAGACUGGGGUUGGUAAAACUUGUCUCCUGUGUCGCUACGCCAACAAUGAAUUUAUGGACACGCAUAUCACUACUAUUGGUGUUGACUUCAAACUAAGACGAAUGGAAGUAGACAACAAGGUGAUCAAGGCACAGAUAUGGGAUACAGCUGGACAGGAAAGAUUUGAGUCAAUUACCAAACAAUUUUACAGACGAGCACAGGGAAUACUUCUAGUCUAUGACAUAACAAGUCGGCAAUCUUUUGAGGCAGUGCCAAAAUGGCUGUCAUAUAUCCAUCAGUUUGCUAAUGAAGAUGUACAGAUUAUGUUGCUUGGUAACAAAAGUGACCAGGAGUUGAGGCGGAUGGUUACUACGAGAGAGGCGACAAGAUUUGCUGAGGAAAAUAAUCUUAUGUUUUUUGAAACCAGUGCCAAAUCUUCAGGGAAUCUAGAACAGGCGCUGUACACAUUGUGUAAAUCAGUGCUUGAGGUGGAGGUAAACAAGACCCUGAAACUGUCUGACAUCAAGAUCGGUGAUCAGGCACUAGAAGGAGGACUAACGACACCAACAGAUAGCAAUGCCAACAAAUUCAAACCAUCGCUUGACCACGGAAUUUCAUACCAACACAGGAAUGGACUUAACAGUAGUGGCUAUGACAAUGGAGUUAGUGAUAGAGACACUGUGAACCUCCUCCAGGACGACAAACAGCAAACAUCUCAAACUUGUUGUAGUGUUAUGUAAUAUAUAUAUAUUUGUACUGUGUUGAUUAUCAAUGGUAAAAGGGACACAAUCGCGAAAUGGUUGGAGAUAAAUUGAUUUUUUGUUUUUGAAUUUUCCAUUAAAAUAGACUGGUGCAGAGAGACAUUUUGUGUAUUGUUAGCAUUACAAUUUUGAUUUUUUUUAAAGUACAGUAUAAGAAUUAAUUUUGGUGUUAAGAAAAACAGUUUUUGUUUCCAGUAAUAUGCAGCAUUA